AUGGGGAGUAGUAGUAAAUUGGGGGAAGCCAUGGAGGAGAAGGGGGGCAGGGUGGGGAUGGGCAAGUACGCGGCCAGGAGGGGCUGGAGGCGCCUGGCGGCGGUGGCCUGGCUGGUGGCGGCGGUGGCCUGCUCGGCCGCCGUGCACUGGCAGCUGCGCCGGGAGACCAUGGAGCGCGCCGAGGAGCGGCUCGUCAGCAUGUGCGAGGAGCGGGCCAGGAUGCUGCAGGAGCAGUUCGGGGUCACCGUCAACCACGUCCACGCGCUCGCCAUCCUCAUCUCCACCUUCCACUUCGAGAAGAACCCCUCCGCCCUCGACCAGGAUACUUUUGCAAAGUACACGGCAAGGACAUCAUUCGAGCGUCCGCUGCUAAAUGGGGUGGCUUACGCACAGCGCCUCUUUCCUCAUGAGAAGGAAACGUUUGAAAGACAGCAUGGAUGGAUUAUGAGGACUAUGAAUCGAGAGGCUGCACCUCUCCAAGAUGAGUACGCCCCGGUGAUUUUCUCCCAGGAUACGGUCUCCUACCUUGCGCGCAUGGACAUGAUGUCUGGGGAGGAGGACCGAGAAAACAUCUUGCGUGCGAGGGAAACUGGCAAACCUGUGUUAACAAACCCAUUUCGGCUUCUUGGGUCGAACCACUUGGGGGUAGUACUCACUUUUGCAGUGUAUCGCCCUGAUCUACCUGCUGAUGCAUCAGUUGAGCAACGUGUGGAAGCAACUGCUGGCUAUCUUGGUGGAGCCUUUGAUGUGGAGUCACUUGUGGAAAAUUUGCUGAGUAAACUUGCUGGCAAUCAGGAUAUAUUGGUGAAUGUGUAUGAUGUCACAAAUGCUUCAGAACCUAUGGCCAUGUAUGGAUCUCAAACUCCAGAUAAUAAAGUGGACCUCUUGCAUGUUAGCAUGCUUGAUUUUGGAGAUCCGUUUAGGAAGCAUGAAAUGAGAUGCAGGUAUGGGCAAAAGCCUCCAAUGCCGUGGUCUGCUAUUAGUAAUCCUAUGGGCUGCUUUGUCAUAUGGAUGCUUAUUGGGUAUAUAAUUUGUGCUGCAUGGUCUCGGUAUGACAAAGUUUCAGAGGAUUGUAGAAAAAUGGAAGAGCUCAAAACUCAAGCAGAAGCUGCUGAUAUUGCAAAGUCUCAGUUUCUGGCAACUGUAUCACAUGAAAUUAGAACUCCUAUGAACGGCGUCCUUGGAAUGCUGGACAUGCUUUUGGGGACAGAUCUGACUAUGACUCAGAAGGAUUUUGCUCAGACCGCUCAGGAUUGUGGCAAAGCGUUGAUAAUACUGAUAAAUGAUGUCCUUGAUCGAGCAAAGUUCGAAGCUGGAAGGUUGGAACUCGAGGAAGUGCCUUUUGACUUGCGAACGCUGACGGACGAUGUGAUCUCUUUGUUUGCCUCAAAGUUAAGAGCGAAGUGCAUAGAGCUUGCAGUGUUUGUGAGUGACGACGUUCCAAAACUUGUCACCGGAGAUCCUUGGAGAUUUCGACAGAUACUGACAAAUUUAGUGGGCAAUGCAGUCAAAUUCACAGAACGGGGUCAUGUUUUUGUGCGGGUCUCUUUGGCUGAUAACUCAACUAUGGAAGCUAAUCGAGUCCCCAAUGGAAACCUCAAUGGGAAAGAUUGUAAAGUUGAGCCUACAGCUAAUGGUGCCUUCAAUACUUUGAGUGGGUUUCAAGCUGCGGAUGAACGAAAUAGCUGGGAAUAUUUUAAGCUGUUGCUCUCUGAUAAGGAGUUACUUUCUGAUGAGCUCGAGGGUAAAAAAUCUAGCCAAAAUGAUCCCGAUCACGUGACCUUGAUGAUAAGCAUUGAGGAUACAGGUGUUGGUAUCCCACUGCAUGCACAAGAUCGUGUGUUUACGCCUUUUAUGCAGGCAGAUAGUUCAACUUCAAGGAACUAUGGUGGAACUGGUAUUGGUUUAAGCAUCAGCAAAUGUUUGGCUGAACUUAUGGGCGGGCAAAUAAGUUUCAUUAGCCGUCCUUCCAUUGGGAGUACAUUUACAUUCUCAGCGGUUGUGAAACGUGCAUCUAAAGAUACUUCAUGUGAUUCAGAGAGGAGCUUGUCCGAGGCACUACCAACUGCCUUUAGGGGAAUGAAGGCGAUUUUGGUAGACGGGAAACCUGUGCGUAGUGCUGUGACAAGAUAUCACCUUAACAGGCUGGGAAUAAUUGUUCAAGUUGUGAAUAAUAUGAGUAUGGGAAUUCAAGCCUUUGGGAAAAAUGGCACAACAGAGUCGAGAGAAAAACCGUCGAUGCUUUUUGUUGAGAAUGACAUCUGGAGGCCCGAGACAGAUAUUCAGUUAUCGAAUCGUCUACAUACGCUCAGGAUGAAUGGUCAGGCGCAUGAGCUACCCAAGCUGAUCCUUUUGGUCACAUCUGAAGCUGACAAGGACAAGUAUGGAUCCACGUUCAAUACUGUGAUGUGUAAACCCUUAAGAGCAAGCACAAUUGCUUCUUGUCUUCAGCAGUUGCUAAAAGUAGAUAUACCUGCAAGGAAAGAAAAUCAAAAUAGGCCCUCAUUUCUUCGGAGCCUGUUGGUUGGGAAGAAUAUAUUGGUUGUAGAUGACAAUAAAGUAAAUCUGCGGGUUGCUCAGGCCGCACUGAAGAAGUAUGGUGCCAAGGUUCAUUGUGUUGAAAGUGGCAAGGAUGCUAUCUCCCUACUUCAACCUCCGCAUUGCUUCCAUGCAUGUUUUAUGGACGUUCAAAUGCCUGAGAUGGAUGGGUUCGAGGCGACUAGACAAAUACGGGAAAUGGAGAAGAAAGCGAACGAGGAAAAGAGAGAGCAGUCGAGUUCAGGGGAAGGUUCAACAUUUGUUGAGUGGCAUUUGCCUGUUCUUGCAAUGACGGCCGACGUCAUUCAGGCGACCUACGAAGAGUGCAUGAAAUCAGGGAUGGAUGGCUACGUGUCCAAACCGUUCGACGAGCAGCAGCUAUACCAAGCAGUCUCCAGAUUAGUGGUGGGAACAGCUGAUUUGGCCUCAUGA